AGCCAUUUUGGCUCAAGUCGUGUUUCCGCCGUCUUCGGCCGCGCGGGACCUCUUGGAAUGGCUGCGGGAGGGGGCUCAGCAGCGCCACUGCGGGGCGCAGCUGGAGCCCGUGCGGCGGCGGAUCGUUUGGUCGCGAGGCUGCAGCGGCAGCUCGCGGACGCCGACCGCCGCAGGUUGGAAGCCGAGGAGGCCAUCGACACGCUCGUCGGCGACGCGGAGGUCGGCGCGCGCAUCCGCUGCCUGCUGCCAGCUCUGGCGGCUUUGGUGGCUGGACGGGCGCCGACCUGGUUGCAGAAGCUGCGCCGCAACUUCGCGCUGCACGCCGCGGCGCCGGGUGCGCGGAUCCUGGUGGCCAAGGCUGCCGAGCUCCGCGCCGCUCAGCAGGGGCCGAGGCUGGAGCGCGCCGCAGUGGCGACUGGAGCUUCCGACGACGUGGAGGACGGGGACACGGUCGAGAGCAGCUGGGCGGAGGUGCUGGCUACCCGUGGGGCUUCCGGGGCUCUCGAGACCCAGGAUCCGCGGGCGGGAGGCGGCUUGCCCUUUCAUGCUCGGGUGUUCCACGUGGCCGAGUUGGAGCCGAGGCUCCUGGCGCAGGCCGAUGCCCUGGCGGCAGAGCGCGCUCCGCGGCCAGGGCUGGGAGGUCAGGGAGGCACUGGUCUGCAAGACCUCCCCGACGCCCAAGGGCAGCUGCACGGAGCCACCCCAGAGGGCCUAGUACCUGGGGGCUUGGGAACAUUUCCCAUCUGUUCUGACAAGGAGGCUAUUCCCGCGGGCCCAGGGCUGGCGCCUGGCAUGUGGCACACCUCCGAGCCGUUGGCGGAGGCGGAGGCCUUCGUCCAGGGGUGGGCGGCGGGCUGGCGGCUGGCCGAAGGAGCCUCUGAGUCGUUCGGCCCCGAGCGGCUGGAGGCGGCAGAGCAGGACGACGAGGUGGCGGACCUUGCGCAUCACAGCGUUGAGGGCGCCUCCACCUGCGUUUCCGAAGAGUUCGUCACCGCCAGCGGCCUCGCCGACAGCUUCGGCGCGGAGGCCAUGGGCGCGGCGGACCCUGAGGAGGGGCAGGACGUCGCGGCGCACUUCAGCAAGCAGGCGGCGGCGGCGCACGGACCCAGCGCCGAUCUCGCGGAGCUCUUCACCUGCUUCGAAGAGAUGCUAGGGGUCGGUGUAUCCGUGAGCUCCGCCAGCCAGGCUGACGUGCAGUUGAUUCGGCACCCCAGCAAACUGUCGGGCACCGCAUGUGAGACCGCGCAGCUCUUCGACCCGAUCGAGGAGCCCGAGUCUGGCGAAGCGGAGCCCGAAGGCAAGCAGGCAGAGGCUGUGCACGGCGCAGCGGUGCCCAAGGUGCGGGAUCUGGAGUGCGCCCGCCUCGAGAGGGCGCUGGAGGCCCAGGUCCUGCUGUUCGAAUCGCUCGAGUCAGAGCGUGCCUCGCCGCGACGGCUGGACCCACAGCGAGAAGCUGUGAGAGCGGCGCUCGCGGCCCUGGAGCACGCCAGGCGACAGGGCGACUCGUGAAGGUGGUCGUGGGCAUCGUGCGGCCGCUAGACGUGCCUUGCCCUCUCGCCCUCCUUCCCCCUUGUGGAAUUGAAUGCAUGACCACGCGCCUGCUCGCGGGUGCUCGAAGAGUUUUUUUUUAAUGCCCUUACCGUACCAGCUGUGCCACACUGCUUGCCUGAUAGACGUGGACGUUGUGCCGGUCGAGGCGGCCUUCUCGAUGGCGAAAGCGGCGGAGAGGAGCCUGCGCCUUGCCCAUUCGGAGCCCGCUUAGGCGUCGGUCCGCGACCCGCGGCGGCGGCGGAGCGGAUGCUGCUCGCAAGCCACGGGGCGCUC